CUUCGUCUUUCCAAUAUGUCAGGGGUGAUCGUCUUUGCAUGUGCUGUGAGAUGCGAAAGCUUUGUUGAGGCGUCCCAGACGUCUCUCAAUACUUUUGUAUCUUUCAGCUUGGUUUAGCAGCGUCGUACCAUUCUCCUCAUCUGGAGCUGCAUAUUUCAUCCGAACGUUGAGACUAUUAUAGUCUGCAGCUUUCUCACCCCAACGCCAUCACUUCUAGCUUGUCAUUCUCUUUCUGUCGGUUUCGGCAGCUUCCACAGGCAAAGCGCUCCGAGAACUUCCCACCCUGAGAUCUUCCAAAGAUGACGUGGAAUACUCUCUUGAAGGCUCUUACGACCUUUCUUUUCUUGUCUGUGUCUGUCGCAGCAGCCGGCGAUGCUUCCAAGGCUAUGGCAGACGGAGCCAUUGACCAGGCUAAGGUCCAGCAGUACAAGGCGCUCUUUGACAAGGAGCAGCACGACGACACUUCCAGUACAACUGGCAACAUACCAACGAAGACAUUCGAUUCGAGCGUAUUCGAAAGUCCCUUUAGAUGGACCGACAUCAUACAUGGAGCUUGGUCGAUGACCACCUGUGACCCUUCAUGCGCCGCCUGUCCAAAAGGUUGCAACCUUGCUUGUUGUGCGAGACGCCCGUUGCCGGACUUCCCACCACCGAUUGCUGAGCCUCCUUCACCGCCAACGUCGAGGAAGCCGCAUCCGACUAGCCAUUCUGCACCAAAUCAGUCGCCUCUCUCCUGUCCCUGUCGCUGUAGCCCUGACUGUCCGCCGAGCAUUCAAGCAGUCUGCUGCGCGACAGGUGAGGCGAAAGAUGGUGUGGACCUCGGCGACGAUCAUCAAGAUUCAUGGUUCAAACCGCUCGUUUGCCCGUGUCAUUGCGAAGCGAGCUGCCCAACGUGGAUCCAAGCGAUAUGCUGCGACACGCCGGGUUCGGGACUGGCCAAGGGCACUCCAGACGAGCCGCGCGAUAAUCUGGGCUUGGUCAUGCAGAAUGCAGCUGGCGAUCCUGUCUCGGUCCUGGCUGCUGUCAAUAUCACCGUCGAGCAGAGUUUCAUCACCAUGGACUUGGUGCGCGGGCUCGAACGGACCAGCGAGAUGGCGCGUGAUGAAAGCCGGGAUGUCUUCCAGAUCGUGCUGGACGUGAUCGUGGGUCCGGGGGAUCCGGAUCAGAAGAUCGCGAUCAAGCAAAGCUUCCAAGUCGUCGACGGCUCGGGGCUGUGGGAGCAGGAGCAGGUCUUGCUGGGGCUUGGUUUCAUGGCGAGAGUGGACGGACUGAGUAUCAAGAAGGAGUAUCUGGCGGGUCUUGAGGAGGGUCUGCCCAUCGUGUCGGGAACGAAGAAUACGGGCAGUAAAGAGGAUCGGCAUGAUGAACUGUGAAGUGCUACUCAGUACGCUUGAAUUGGCAUGCCACAGGAUCAGGACUGAGGCCUAUGAGCAAAUAGUUUGAUUUCAGGAAGCUUAGACGGGGGCAUAUUUCUUUGUACAAGUGGAUGCCGUAGCUCGGAGGCGGCGCGGUCGAAGGUGUAUGUAACCAUGUCUCUUAACUUUAGUGCAUUAUUACUAAACGUAGUGAUACCCUC